ACCAGGUUAAUGUUUCUCUGCAGCUUUGUCUUUAUUGCUGCGACGUGGCGUUCUUAUGUGCCUCAAAAAUAUUAAUUUAACACAGAGAACCGCUUUCCAGGAUACAAAUAGGGGGAAUUGAGUAAAUAUUUGUACAGGCCAGCAUGAAAGGGGUUAAUCAGAAGGUCGUGAGGACGGUGACUGCAUUUCUGGCUUGCAUAAUAUUGGUGGAAGUUGUGUACUUUGCUAUUGAUGAACAACUCCAGGCUUCCUUCACUCCGAUUCUCAUCAGUAUGCAAACGAUCUUCCGUUCAGAGAUGGAUGAUUAUGCAACAGAUCCAGAUAUUCCUCCUUACAAUUCAUCAGAUGUUACCGACGAGCUAAAAGUAAGCCUUUCAAAAGCGGCGAACCAGGAGAAAACCGUUAUAAUCACGACUCUGAAUGCGGCGUGGGCGCAGAAGAAUAGCAUGGUGGAUUUAUUCCUGAAAAGUUUCCACAUCGGUAACGGAACCGAGGCGUUGUUGAACGGAACCGAGGAUUCAUGUAUGUUCGCUCCAAUGAAAAGACAGUUGAUUUUUUCAACUUUUGGUAUCGAUCUAAGAAAGAUUAUCGCCGUAAAAAUGAGCAACAAGUGUUGAACCUACUGAAAUGGGAAGAGUUCAGACGCAGGCGACUUAAAUUCGAAUUCCUUGACACUAAAUAUUUUGGCGGGUACUGUGAAAGAACGAAAGAUGUGAACUCGGUUUGUACCAUGCAUGCCAACUGUUGUGAACUCGGAUUGAAGGCGAAGGUUAUUGAUUUGAGAAAUACUCUUUCCGACUGGGAGAAAUAUAAGCAACAAGAAAAGCUAGGUAAAGGCAAGGAUGUCCAGACGCAUGUCAGAAUUCUUGUCGCCGAUGAAGACUGCUUUAAUACUAUUCAUAUUAUAGUAAUUAGCUUGAAAUCU